AUGGAUCUAACCAAAGGACGUCGCCACCGUGGAGGACGACUGAUGGGAAUAAAGGUCGACUUCUCAAUAACGCCUAUAGCCGUGCGUACCGAGCGCGCAAAAGAGCAGCUAGACUGGCUGAGACACUGCAGCGUCGAGUUAAACGAGGUCGGCCACAACAAAAGGGUCGACCACCGCGGAAAGGUCGAACGCGCAAGGGUCGAACUUGCUAAGGUCGAACACCAGGAGGUCGGACUUGGAGGGCGCGCGAAGAUCAAGAGCGGGGAAGUCGAGCAACAUAAGGAUAGAUGCACGGGCACCGGUCGAGCUCGACUAGUGGGCACAACUUCGUACGAAAAGAAGGCCUAUUGUGCGCCUUUUUGUACAUUUUAUCGCCAACAAAGGAAAGGACUAGGCGCGUCCGACAGCGGCAACCGGGUAGCGGAUACACGAUCUCUAUCAACGACCUCCGUCGCGCAUUGGUCGCCGCCACCUUCUUCAGGGCGGACCGCAACGCCCGAGAGCGAGGUCUACGAUUGCUCCCUCAAAAUUGAGGUCGAGAAGAUCAAAUCUGCUAUUGGGUUCCGGCAUGUUAUUGAUCUGCUUUCCUCAGAGAGAAAGUUGAUUGUUGGUCAUAAUUGUUUUCUCGAUCUUGUGCAUGUUUAUGGCAAAUUUGUGGGUCCUCUUCCUUUGACCGCCCAGGAUUUUGUCUUGGCUGUACGGGCAUAUUUUCCACAUAUAAUUGACACUAAAGUUAUGCUAAAUUUGGAUGAUGGGUUAUCACGUAUCAUGAAGAAUGGCAGAACUUCACUUUCCAAAGCUUUCAGCUUACUCUGUCCACCAAUUGCGCAGGACGGCACAAGCACUAAUUUGAAUGAUAAACUGCGUGUUAGAGUUGAGGUUGAAGUGGAUGGCCAGAGGUUUUUGAAUUGGAAUUCGGGAUCCAAGCAUGAAGCGGGAUACGACGCUUUCAUGACUGGGUGCGUCUUUUCACAGGCGUGCUCCAAUUUAGGAGUCGAUUUUAAUUCCCACGAUUUUCCCCAAAACGAGAAGCUCCGAAAAUACGUUAAUCAUUUAUACCUCAGCUGGGUGAAUGGGGACCUAAUUGAUCUAACAACAGGGAAAGUCGCAACCAAAACUCUAGUUGCCUCAAAAGCCAAGUGCAACAACUUUGUCUUUUCGAAUAUGAUUCUUCUGUGGGGCUUAUUGCCGACCCUGAGAGCAAAUGAUAUCAGAGCUAUUCUUAACAAGGUUUUCGGGUCGACCUCUAUCAAGACAAUCUACCAUUUGGACGAGACUGCGGCUUUUGUCGAGUUCAGUAAAGCAGAAUUUGUGUCUGAAUUCCACAAACUGAAAGAUAAAUUGGAAAUGGGUAAAGACCCGAUUUCUAUCUUGCACCCCUUGUCGAGAAUUUUGGAAGGUGGGCGUGUGCGUGCUGUUAAUUACGAGAUGUAUAAGGAGAUUUGUGGGUCACCCUUGUCUGAAAUGGCCUUUUCGGAUCAGGCUGAAGCUGUUCGGUUUAUUAACAGGAGAAAGGAAUUAGUAGAUGCAGCUAUUGAGGUCAGGAUGUAG